CUCCCGGUGCCGGCGGGGCGGUGCCCGGUGCUCCCCGGUACCCGGUGCUCCCCGGUACCCGGUGCUCCCGGUGCCGGCGGGGCGGUGCCCGGUGCUCCCGGUGCCGGCGGGGCGCUGUCCCGGGCCGGCCCCGCCGAGGCCGCAUGCCCGGUGCCGCGGGCCCCAUUGGCCCCCGCAGUCACAUGCCGGGCGGCGGCGGUGCUGCCGCUCCUCCUCCAUCCCUCCCCGCCCGCCUGCCUCCCUCGGCCGCCAGCGCUGGGAGCGGCCGCGAUCGCACCAUGAGCACCCUCAAGGUCUACAGCACCUCGGUGACCGGCUCCCGGGAGAUCAAAUCCCAACAGAGCGAAGUAACCCGAAUCCUCGACGGGAAGAACAUCAAGUACGAGCUGGUGGAUAUCUCCCAGGACAACGCUCUGCGGGAGGAGAUGAGGGCCAAGGCAGGCAACCCCAAAGCCAUCCCACCCCAGAUCGUCAACGGGGACCAGUACUGCGGGGAUUACGAGCUCUUCGUGGAAGCUGUGGAGCAAAACACCCUGCAGGAGUUCCUCAAGUUGGCCUGAGCCCUGCUUCCCCUCCCAUCCUGGACUCUACCUGCAUUCCUGAGCGCCCUCAUCUCCGACCACCUUCACCUCCAGGAUGUCAGCGCUGUCCUGGCACCCACCACCUGUAUCCCAGCACAGGGAAAAACCCACGACCAAAACUCCUCAUUGCAGCUGCCUCCGACUCCCUCCCGCCUAACCCCGGGAUCAUCUCAGAGGGAUCCAAAGAAAGUUGACGCUCGCUGCUUGGCCUGUGAGCAGAGCUGGGCCUGGCUCACGGCAGCUUCCAGUGCCUCUGUAAACAGCAAAGCCUCCGGGGCCGUGCCAGGUGAUCCUGGCCCUCAGCCCCCUCCUCUGCCCCGCCAGGGAAGGGCUCAGGGCUGCACGGUACUUCCCACUUCUCCCAGUUGCUGUUAAAGUUGUAAAUUCUGCUGCCUCACUUCCUUUUUUUUUUUUUUUUGUCUUUCCCCCCCCCUCUUCAUCUCAACUGCAGAGAUUAUGGCAACUAAGUAAAGGGUUGGGUUUUUUUUCUGUUUUGUUUUGUGGGUUUUUUUUGUUGUUUUUUUGUCUUAAUUUAAUGCAAAAAUACUGCACAGAAUUCGGGUCUGAGAGCCCAGCACGGUGGAGCUGGGGGCGAAGGCUGCCUGGGGAAUGGGUGGGGCUGGCAGUGGGAUCUGCUGCUCUGGCCACUCUCCACCCUGACCAGGCUCCCUGGUGAGCAUUAAUGGCUCAGGGCUGCCCCAGAACAGCUGAUGCUCCAGCUGUCCCAUCUUCCCCCUUUGUGUUGGCUUUUUUGCAAUCCUGGACCAAGUGCAUUUUGUUUUUCCUGCCAAAAAGCAAGUUUAUAACCAGUGUUGUCUUCUGAGAUGCUAUUAAAUGUUACUGUACCUUUCA